AUGGUUAUGACUUCAGUUUCAGGACAUCUUUUAAAUUAUGAAUUUGUAAAUAAAAACGAAAGUAGAAAAUGGCAAACAUAUGAUCCGAGACAACUAUUCUAUGAACCAGUCAGAAAAAGCUGUCCGGAUAACUAUGAAAAUAUCAAGAAAACUCUGCAAAGGGAGAUUAGAGGAUGUGACGGUCUUAUUAUAUGGACCGAUUGUGACAGAGAAGGUGAAAAUAUAGGUUUUGAAAUUAUAGAAGUCUGCAAAACCAUUAAUAGAAACAUUAAUAUAUAUCGAGCUAAAUUCUCCGAGAUCACAGAACAAUCUGUUAGACAAGCUCUUAAUAACUUAGGAGUUCCCGAUGAACACACAAGCAAAGCUGUUGAUAUCAGACAGGAACUAGACUUACGGAUAGGUGCAGUUUUUACAAGAUUUCAAACAGUUAAAAUACAAUCGGCAUUACCAAACAACGUAGCUAAUAAAUUAGUUAGUUUUGGUUCAUGCCAGUUCCCAACACUGGGAUUUGUUGUCGAAAGAUGGAGGGCCAUCGAAAAUUUUAUACCAGAAAAAUUUUGGAAGUUACAAGUCAAUCACACUGUUGGUAAUGAGAGCACAGAUUUUUUAUGGGACAGAGUUAAGAUAUUUGAUAAAGAUGUAUGUAAAAUAUUGUAUAAUAUGUGCUUGGAAAAUAAAACGGCCACCAUUGUUAAUGUUGAGACAAAACCAAAGACCAAAUGGAGGCCUUUACCAUUAGAUACAGUAGAAUUAGAAAAGCAAGCUUCAAGACUAUUGAAGAUUAACGCGAAAACAACAAUGCAGAUAGCUGAGAAGUUGUAUACGGCUGGUAUCAUAAGUUACCCUCGCACAGAGACCAACCAGUUCUCAAACGACAUCAACUUAGUGAAUCUGAUUGAACUUCAAAAGGUUGAUCCUAAUUGGGGAACAUUUGCACAGAACGUUCUAUCUCAAGGACCCAACCCUAGGAGAGGAAAUAAAAGUGAUCAAGCCCACCCUCCCAUACAUCCUACAAAACAUGUCACUAAUCUAGUCGACAUGGAGCGUCGUGUGUACGAGUUCAUAGUAAGGACUUUCCUUGCUUGUUGCUCCAAGGACGCGGUGGGCAAAGAAACCACGGUCAGACUCACUAUAGCUGAUGAAGGAUUCCACGCGUCCGGACUCAUAGUUACUGAGAGGAACUACUUGGACGUGUACCCGUAUGAGAAAUGGACCUCCAAAUAUAUACACGACUAUCAGGUUGGCAACACUUUCACAGCAACCAAAGUGGAAAUGUUAGAGAGUGAGACAUCCCCACCCGAGUUACUCACAGAAGCUAAUUUAAUCACUCUCAUGGAAAAACAUGGAAUAGGCACGGACGCAACACACGCGGAUCACAUAGAGACUAUCAAGAGUCGUCACUACGUGACCAUAGAAGGAAAUAAAUUCAAACCGACCGAGUUAGGUAAAGGAUUGGUCGAGGGAUACGAUAUGUUGAGUCUGCCGAUGUCUAAACCACAUCUGAGAGCCAACUUCGAAACAGAUCUCAAACUUAUAUGCGAGAGGAAGAAAUCUGCUGAAACCGUCUUACGUGAUCAGAUAGAAGAAUAUAAAAAGCUCUACGACAAAAUACUGUCGGAACAGAACAAACUGAUUGAUUCAUGGAAACGAAGGUUACAGAACUACACGUGGAGUGAACAACCGUUACAUACUGGUUCCACAAGCAAUUCAAAUGCUACAUCACGUAAUACUCCGAGUACAUCAAGGUCGUCUCGUACAGACAGCGGGGAUACUGUAAUGUGUCACUGUAACAGACCCGCCGUUAUACUAACAUGCCAGAAAUCAAACAAAAAUAAAGGAAGGAAGUUUUACAAGUGCGACGAAUGUAAGUUUUUCAAAUGGGUAGAAGAUUCUUUGCCUUCGAAUGUACAGAACCCAUACGAAACUCCGCCGAAUUCUGGCGGAUCUAACGGCGCCAAUACUAACCGCCCGACCACUAGUCGUCAACCUCGCCAUUGUUCUCUCUGUCGUCGUACAGGACACAACAUUACCAACUGUCCAGCCAGAGGGGUCUGA